AUGAUUUUCUACAAUAUACUCAUAUUAUUUAUUUAUUAUUUUCAAUUGUAUAAUACAUGUCCAUUAAAAACAGUAAAUAUUCAAACAGGUUGUUAUUGUGGAAUAGAAAUUGAUGGUACAAAUUAUAUUCAUUGUCAUCCUUAUUCUAUCUCUCAAAUACCUCAAUUUUCUCGUUCAUAUAUUUACGAUAAAUUAAAUAUAUCAUCAAAUUAUAUUCAAUCAAUAACUAAUAAUUCUUUUAUUAAUUUACGUGUACGAAAAAUAUAUUUGGAAAAUAAUGUAAUUCAAACAAUUGAUAGUCAUACAUUUGAAACAAUUGGAAAUUAUUUAGAAGAAUUAACUAUACAAGUUGUUAAUAAUUAUCAAGAUUUUAAUUUUUUAUGCUAUGGUACAUGGAAAAAAUUACGUUAUCUAGAAUUAAUUGGUUUUAAUUUUUCAUUAAUACAAUCAACAUUACAAUGUUUUCAAAAUUUAAAACGUAUGGAAAAAUUAGUGAUUAAAAAUUCUAUUCUAUUUGAAUUAUCUCACUAUUUAUAUACAUUACCAAUAUUAAAUGAUUUAACAUUAACCGAUAAUCAACUUGAAUAUUUGAAAAUUGAUAAUAAUAAUCAACAAUUAUCAAAUGUAAAAAUAUUAAAUUUAACUAAUAAUUUAUUUAAAAAUACAAGUGAAAUAUCAACAAUUUUAAUUAAAUUUCCAAAAUUAGAUACACUCGAUUUAUCAUAUAAUAAAUUUAAUCAAUUUUCUCAACCAUCAUUACAAGUUUCAAAUAUUAAUUUUAGUCAUAAUCAUUUUAUAUAUCUAACAUUUGAUAAUAAUUUACUAUUAAACAAUAUUAACUAUGAUUUUUCGUCGAAUCAGUUAUGUACACUAAAUAAUAAUAAGACUUAUUAUCAUGAACAAAAUCAUUAUUAUAUUAAUUUAUCAAAUAAUCGAAUACAUUGUGAUUGUAGACUAGCUUAUUUUUUAUUUAAUAACGAUCAACAAUUAUUAUUAUUAUCAUCAAAAAUAUCAACAUCACAUAUAUUUGAACAUGCAAUAUGUGCA